AUGGGUCGACUGCCAUCUAUCCUACACGCCUUGGCUGAAAAUCUUGCCACUGCCGAUUCAGAGUGCUUAGACGAGUCUAUUGUAGAUGCAGUUCGUCGCAAAAGCACUCUAACGGAUGUUCAGAUGCUUUCAGCCCAGACAAAGGCACUGCAAAUGGACGACCUGGCGAUGCAAUUCGACCUGUGGGAUUUCUUCACUAUUUUGUGGGAUCUGCUGAAGCAGAUUCAGUCAGCACUAAAGUCGUCGUCCAACAGUGGCUUGCGAAAGAUGGGCAAAGAGACCGAGCCCUUCGUCUUGGUGGAUGAAAUCCUGUGGCUUGCGGCCGAUCGCGAGCGCGAGCUUGCGAGCACCGGUGCUACAAGAUACCUAGAUGCCCUGAGGCUCUGUGCACAGAUACUUGAGCAACACAUUGCAAAGUCAGGCUCUAGGGUCUACGACAUGGCUAUCGCUCGAUGCAGAGCUCCUGACAGAGACCACGAUAUGAUGAUAGAGCCAGAGUGUCCUCGGGCUGAAACAGAUGGACUGCGACUGACAUUAAAGGGGAAGGAGAUGACUCUUAGUGGUCCUGGUACAGCGUCUGUCGCAACCGAAGAUUGUAAUACUGAGCUGGCGGGCCCGAAGAAGAAAGUCAAUCAGCGAAACAAGAGAGACAACAGGAAGGCGAAAAGGGCAGCUGCGGCAGCAGAAACGAAGAGGGUGGAAGAUGGAGCAGAAGAUACUGAUGUAGAAGCCGGUGCUUAG